AUGGAUUUUCCUAUGGCUAUAGCAAAAGCAGAGUCAAGAUUGCAAUGCGUUGCUUAUAUUGCACAAGUACUCUGAGUACAAAAUUCUUAUAGCAACUCUAAAUCGGAUCCAUAUUUAUUAGGAUUUUGAAGCGCAACACCAGCGUACGUAAAAGAAUUAAAAGACAUUUAUUUGGAUAUUACUUCUAGUUUAACAAAAUGAAAUUAUUGCUCAAGUCAAACAAUUUUGACUGAUAAGCGCAUUAAUGUAUGAGAUUCAGGCCAAAUAAAAAAAGAAAGCUUAUUAAAUAUGCUAUCCCAGUCUAUUCAGAAAGUAAAAAUCAUUUAG